UAGUAUCGUAAUUCGUUGCGAAUUUUCUCAAUAGCAUGGAUUGAAAGAAACUGCUAUUUAAAUAGUAUGCCUUAUUCAAGAUUCUCUCGAUCUCGACGACAACCAAAGUGGAUAACUAAACAAAUUUUAGAAGAUUUUCCCACAAAGCGACCAGCGCAUCCAGCAAAAAUAGUGAAGCACAUAUCAGGGCCUCUAGCAGAUGGGAGCUUUGUGAAAGAAAUCAGUGAUUUUGAAGUGUACAUCAAAGCUGUAUUUAGUUCUGAGUCCUUGAAUGAAAUAAGAAGGGAAGAUGAUUCUCAGUUGGACUGGAGUAAAGCUUUGAUUAUUGUCAAUCAGUACACAGUGGAAUUUAAAUGCCAUGAAGAACUGGUAUUUUGUGAAUUCUACAUCAAAAUAGAGAAGUUCCAAAUAUGGGAUGUGCAAGAGGGUUUUGAUCUGAAGGAGGAUGUCAAAUUUUGUAUGGACAACACUGCUGUUCAGGAAAAAGCAAAGUUCAAGUGGGAGGAAAUGAGGACCUGUCAUUCUGAGAGCUUUUCACUUACCCAGUUUCUGGAGGCCAUGAUGCAGAAGGACUUGGAUUUGUCACUCAGUCCGAUUGAUGGAGGAGAUGAUUCUCAAAAUACAACCCAAGACGAAUCUCAGAGUUUCACAGUCACUAACUGUGCCACCACAGAAAAUCCAUUGGAUGUUCUCAAAGCUGCCAUCAGUGUGGGUGAAUUCAGGAUCAGUGACUCCCAGCGGAGGGAACUGGAGGAUCUGAGAGAAUGGGAUGAAGAUUACAUACCUACUCAGUCUCAGAAUGAAUCUCCACCAGUGGACAGUGGUCAGCCUCACAGUGUGGACAGUCCUGAUGAUAUCCAACCAGGUCAACCCAAUCAGGAUCGAGUACAGAUCAUCAUAAAGUCAGAAAGAAAGAAAUCAAAGGAAAAUAGGUUGAUUGACAAGAGAGUUGUCAGACUGACCGAGGCAGAGCAGCAGCUUGUUCCUGGUGCAGAAAAUGAACCUUGUUGUAAACCAAACACUGAAUCAAUGACAAGUUCUAAUGGUGCUGAGAAUACCAAGGAGACACGGCAAUCUGAAUAUAAAGACUCUCAAAAAGAGUGUGUCAAUCAGAACAAUACCAGUUUUGGAGGUACUCAAGAGUUUGUCCCACACUUGAUUGGGGAUGACAUGCUAUCUACUGCUCCAUUUUCACCACAGCUGAGUUCUGACAUUUCAGAAGGUCAGAUAAGUCUUGCCAAUAAUUCUGCCGUUAAUUCUGGUGACAAUUUGCUAAUUCAGGAUACAUCCCCUAUUCUUAUCUCAAGUUCUGGUGAGGUUAAUAAUAGUACUGGUGAAACCCCUAAAAACAGUGGAAAUGAAAGUAGAAAGAGUUCUUCUGAUGAACCACAGUUUCAUUUGUGUCGUCCCAAUUUAAGUGUCAGUCCUGAAAACUCUUCAGAAAAUGGCAGAGAAAGCCCCAGGCUGAACCGGCUGACUCUGUCAGCGAAGAAAACAUUUCAGAACUGUUUUGAAAUUAUGGUAGAGAGUGAAAGAUUAAAACAUUUAGCAACGAGUUCUGCAGGUGAUGAAAAACAGCAACAAUCAAGAAGCAGAAAACGUUUACUUGAGGAGUCAAGCGAGGAGAAAUCUUUAGACAAGAAACAAAGAACAGAAACCAGUGAAAUCCCAACAACUGAAGGAAGUAGCAGUAAAAAGUCAACUAAUGUGAGCAGGGGAGGUUUGGUAUCUAAUGUGAUGGGUAAAUUACGGAGUUUUAUAGGUGAAAGGACAGACCUGACCUCAGAGAAUAGGGCAAGUUUGGAGAAUAGAAAUUUUGUUGAUUUAGAAGAAAACGAUCAAAAUUUGUUAAGUUCAACCCCUGAUGAACCAGAUGAAGAGUCACAGUCCAUAAUUCAGUCAUGUAAAGGACUUUCAAAAGGAAGCAAUGAUAAAAGAAGACUUGAUACUUUUAAGAAAUCUAGACCCUUAAGUGAAGUAAUCAGUAGGAAUGAUUUUGCCAGUGGUGAAACUAAGCAGGACAGAUGUCCGAGUGGACAGGAAGAUGUACCCAUCUUAAUUGAUACCAGUAGCACGGAAGAAGCUAACAGUCAAGGGGCAUGCUGUGUGGCUUCACAAAUGGAUUCUGAGAACCAGGCCAUUGCACACGCAGCAUUGAUAGAACAAGAUCAAGAAAUCUCAUCCUCCAUUGAAUCUCAGGUUCCCUCUGUGGUACCAGUUCAUGUUAUACUACCAAAGCAGACUGAACCAGAUGAUGAAAUUGGACAAAAAUUGUUUAACAUGAAACUACCACCCAACCUCAAGACUAAAUUACUGAAUUAUUGGAAAACGUGAACUUUUUAGGCAUUCUAUCAGCAUAUUGAAUCUGCUUGGAAAUUUGCAAGGACCAUGUUAAUCACAAAGAUAACAUUCUUCUUUUUAACUUUUGCCUUUUACCAUCAGCAUCAUUCACAAGUGUAUACAUGUACAUAAAAAUACUGUAUUCGAUAUUGGUUGUGUUCUUUCAGUUAAUGUUUAUUAAAAAUAAAUUUGAAUAAAGUU